GUUUUGUGGGUCAAUCAACUGUCAGUGAGUAUGGUGAAUGUACGGAAUGUAUUAAUAUUUUGAUAUAUUUUAAUUCGCAAUGCCUUAUUUUUAUCUUUAUCCUUGGUAAUGAAACUUUAUCUUUGAUAUAAUGUGAUAAAUCUUCUAUUGUAUCUUAUUCGCAUAAACAAAAGUUUCAAUUUGUAUUUAACUAUACUAAUUGAAAGUGAUUGUUGGUUUGUUAGAGAAAAUUGCAACAAAUUGUAUAAUGGAUAGAGGUUCUUAUGAGAAGUUAUCAAUAAGAGAAUCAGCUAGAUCUCUCAAAAAAUAUGGCAGCACAAGUAAACAUGUAACACGAAAUGAAAACUACACCAAGCACUAUGUUUGUAACACGGAUACUUUGCAGGGUAUUGCACUAAAAUAUAACGUAACGAUAGAACAAAUACGCAGAGCAAAUAAGUUAUGGGCAUCAGACAGUUUAUUUUUAAGAGAAUUCCUGUUGAUACCUACUGAAACGCCAACACCUAUCGCCAGUGAACAAGCAACUCCAGUGGUCAGUCCUUCUACAGUUUCAUCACCCUCAAUUAGUAGAAGUUUUGAUGAAGAUAACAUUGAUGAAUUUCUCACAAAAAUUGAUGCCUCAAUCGCCACCACUAAAGAAGAAGUUAAGAAGACCACAAUCAACAGCGAAUUUGCUGUAAAUCUAGACAUUGACGGCGAGAGGAGGAAACCAGCAGUAUCCCGAAUGAAACAAAUGGUGAACAAUAACAGUUCUAAUGAUAUAUAUCAACCACCACACACAGUAGUAAUACAGCAGGGUAAAAAGGUUAGGACUUCUAUAAAGCAACAUGAGCAGCAGCAAGACGAGUUAUUUGAGUUGUAGCAUUUAUUUUUAUUGAUCUGAAGUUAUUUUUUGUUACUUCCUCAGUUACAUUAUGAUCUGUAGCAAUAAGUCCAACAAUUUAUGAAAUCUUUGUCUUCUGACAUCCACUGAGCUUGUAAAUAUUAAUAUCCUACCAUCGUUAAGGUAAAAAAUAAAUGUAGAUAAAUUAUAAAGCAAAUGAUUCUAUAUCAUUAUUUUUGUGUUUUGUGUGAAAAUUGAUAUAGGAAAUUAAAAUGAAUUGCCUAUGUAUUAUAUGCAUCCAUAAUAUUUUGUGUUAAUUUGUUGAAUUGUGAUAUACAUACUGACAGUGAAAGAAACUAAUUUGCUUACAAAUAAAAAGAUUGACAAAAAGUAA